AUGUCUGACAUCUCCAAGGAGGAUUUGAAGUACCUUGCGGAAAACGCAGACCGAAUCGUCUCUUACAUACCUCUCGGAUACUUUGCUCGCAUUCAAGCCGAGGCCCUCGCCGCCCGCAAGCUCAAGAAGGAGGAGGAGGAGUACGAAAAGAAGAAGAACGACGAGGAGAAAAACGACGAGGACGAGGAGAACAAAGGCUGGGAGAGCGAGGAGGAUGAGCACGAAGAUUGGGGAGGGUAUCCAAAUGAAGGCACUCCCAUGAUCUUCCACCUCUCUCACUUCAUCUACGAUAAGGACGGAAAUCUCGUGCCCCGUGUGGGACCUAAGACCCUCGCCCUGUAUUACGACGAAGAAACCGGAGAUUACGUAGACGAGGUGGUAGCGAAGGUCGAGCCGCAGGAAGUUGAAGAGCAGGAAGCUAAGCAGCAGAAGGCCAAGGAGCAGACGAAGCAGCCCUACUCCAAGCCUGCUACCCAGCGCAAGCCGAGAACCAACCUCUCCCUCCUCAAGCCGAUCCCCGCCUUCCCAGGAUACAAGAACCCCGACCUUCGAAACGAAGACUGGGGUCUGCCCCUCGACCAGGUCGAUAUCAAGAUCAUGCGAUACAAAGAGAGGGGCGAGUGGCAUCGCUGCCAACACAUGCUCGCCCUGAAGGACCGCAAGAAGGCCUGGAAGAAGGCAUCGCGCCGCCUGAAGGAGGGUCGCGACGUCGUCAUGACGGAGGUCGUCCAGGAACCCGACCAGCUGGAGGUUUGA